AUUUAAACUCCCAGAGCCGUUAAGUUGGUUCGUACUCUGAUGCGCGCGCAACCAGGGUGGUGGCGGAGUGCGCAUGCGUGGUUCUGGGGCGAAGGGAACGCGCGCUCGCCGUGCGCGCUCGCGGCCGGGUGGUAGUGGUGGAGGAGAAAGGGGUCGGCGCACGCGCAGUUGAGUCCUCGAGUAGUUCGGGUCUCGCGGGCAUCUUGUUUUGGUCUCGCGGGCGAGUGGGGCGCACUUCGCGGGGAGGCGCUUGGGCGCGAGACUAGGCGAGAAGAGCAGAGCUGCGCGCGCACUCGGGAAAGGGGGGGAAGGGAGCAGGGUCCAGGCAGGGGGGGGUUAAGCCCCCUGAUCCCCCUCGUUACCCCGACUGGGACGGAAUAAGGGGAGGAAAUGAUCGAGAUGGCGGCGGAGAAGGAGCCGUUUCUGGUGCCGGCCCCGCCGCCGCCGCUCAAAGAUGAGUCGGGCGGAGGGGGCGGCCCCACGGUGCCGCCGCACCAAGAGGCCGCCUCUGGGGAGCUCCGCGGCGGGACGGAGCGUGGUCCGGGUCCUUGCGCGCCAUCUGCGGGGUCCCCGGCCACUGGGGUCGGUCGGGAAAGCCCCGGGGCCGCGGCCACGUCCCCUGGUGGUCCCCAGGCGCAGCAGCACCGAGGGAGCGGCCCCCAGGCGCAGUCGCACGGGGAGGCCCGCCUGUCGGAUCCCCCGGGGCGAGCCGCUCCCCCGGACGUGGGGGAGGAGCGCCGGGGAGGGGGCGGGACAGAGCUGGGUCCGCCUGCUCCUCCUCGACCCCGCAAUGGCUAUCAGCCCCACCGGCCACCUGGGGGGGGCGGGGGUAAGAGGAGAAAUAGCUGUAAUGUAGGGGGAGGCGGGGGAGGCUUCAAACAUCCGGCCUUCAAGAGGCGCAGGCGGGUGAAUUCGGACUGUGACUCUGUGUUACCCUCCAACUUCCUCCUGGGGGGCAAUAUCUUUGAUCCCCUGAACCUGAAUAGCCUCCUGGAUGAGGAAGUGAGCCGCGCCCUCAACGCGGAGACCCCUAAGUCAUCCCCCCUUCCGGCCAAAGGGCGAGAUCCGGUGGAGAUCCUCAUCCCCAAAGAUAUUACUGACCCGCUCAGUCUCAAUACUUGCACUGAUGAGGGCCAUGUAGUUCUUGCUUCGCCACUCAAGACUGGUCGGAAGCGGCAUAGACACCGGGGACAGCACCACCAGCAGCAGCAGGCAGCCGGAGGGAGUGAGAGCCACCCCGUGCCGCCCACAGCCCCUCUCACCCCCUCACUCCACGGGGAGGGCGCCUCACAGCAGCCGCGGCACAGGGGCCAGAACCGGGAUGCCCCCCAACCCUAUGAACUCAACACAGCCAUCAACUGCAGGGAUGAAGUGGUGUCUCCCCUUCCAUCUGCUCUGCAGGGUCCCUCAGGCUCCCUGUCAGCCCCUCCCGCUGCCUCAGUUAUGUCUGCACCCCCGUCUUCCUCCUCCCGACAUCGCAAACGUCGCAGGACUUCCAGCAAGUCGGAGGCAGGGGCUAGGGGUGGAGGCCAGGGUCCCAAGGAAAAGGGCCGAGGGAGUUGGGGAGGCCGCCACCACCACCACCACCCACUGCCUGCAGCAGGCUUCAAAAAGCAACAGCGCAAGUUCCAGUAUGGGAAUUAUUGCAAAUACUAUGGGUACCGCAAUCCUUCCUGUGAGGAUGGGCGCCUUCGGGUGUUGAAGCCUGAGUGGUUUCGGGGCCGGGACGUUCUAGAUCUGGGCUGCAAUGUGGGCCAUCUGACCCUGAGCAUUGCCUGCAAGUGGGGCCCGUCCCGUAUGGUGGGCCUGGAUAUCGAUUCCCGGCUCAUCCAUUCUGCCCGCCAAAACAUCCGACACUACCUUUCCGAGGAGCUGCGUCUCCCACCCCAGACUUUGGAAGGGGACCCGGGGGCAGAGGGUGAGGAAGGGACCACCACCGUUCGAAAGAGGAGCUGCUUCCCAGCCUCGCUGACUGCCAGCCGGGGUCCCAUCGCUGCCCCCCAAGUGCCCUUGGAUGGAGCGGACACAUCAGUCUUCCCCAACAAUGUUGUCUUCGUCACGGGUAAUUAUGUGCUGGAUCGAGAUGACCUGGUGGAGGCCCAAACACCUGAGUAUGAUGUGGUGCUCUGCCUCAGCCUCACCAAGUGGGUGCAUCUGAACUGGGGAGAUGAGGGCCUGAAGCGCAUGUUUCGCCGGAUCUACCGGCACCUACGCCCUGGGGGCAUCCUGGUCCUAGAGCCCCAACCCUGGUCGUCGUAUGGCAAGAGAAAGACCCUUACGGAAACAAUCUACAAGAACUACUACCGAAUCCAACUGAAGCCAGAGCAGUUCAGUUCCUACCUGACAUCCCCAGACGUGGGCUUCUCCAGCUAUGAGCUUGUGGCCACACCCCACAACACCUCUAAAGGCUUCCAGCGUCCUGUGUACCUGUUCCACAAGGCCCGAUCCCCCAGCCAUUAAGUGGCCCCCUGAACAGAAAGUGAAGAGGCUGCCCUCGCUGCUCAUAAGGACCUGGGGGAAGAGGAAAGUGUCCCAAGGUCUUUCCUUUCUGACUCCAAAAAUAGUUUCCUUUCUUGGAUCUGCAAAGAAAGCUUUUCUUCCGUUGCUGCCUCAGCCUCCUCCCUAUGCCUCUGGCACCUGCACAGCCAGGCUGGCUGUGCUGGAGUCACCACCAUCUUCCUCUCCCCCAGCCUCCCAGGCUGGAUGGCAUGGACUGUUUGCUGACCUCUGUUCUCCUAGGGCAUGGGAGGUGGGAGGAUAUUAAAUUCUCUAGCUCUUUCCUCCUGUUCUCCCAAGGAGAGAGAUUCCCAUUUCUCCUUGGCCGUUGUCCCUAGCUCUUGUCCCUAGCUGCAUUUCAGUGGACCAUGGAUAGAUGGACUGAGGGUUAGAGGGGGAAGCCUGGCAGGGAGGCACGCAGGUACUGUGAAAAUCCUUCCCUCUGCCCUCCCCCAGUGGGAGAGGGGGUUGGGUUUUGAAUGUGAGAACAGCACAAUAAACUUGAUGUCUAGGGCAGUGGCCCCCACA